AAAUAUGGCCAUUGGGUAGAUUUAAGCGAUUAUUUUGGAGGUAUUUUUUAUAAUACAAAAAUAAAUAGUUAAAAUUAAAUCCUUUUUAAAGGGUAAGAUAGAAAUGGUAAAAAAAUUGGUCUAUGGUAAAUUAUUAAGAAUGGAAAUAAUGAAGAAUUUGAAUUAAUGUAUGAAUAAGUCCAUAUCAUCCUUUAUAGUGGAGGGGGGUUUUAUAAUGAAUAAAGUUGGAAAAAUUGAAAAUGGGAAGAUUUGGACUAAAAUUUUAAUUAGUUAUCAAAUAAAUUUAUAUUAAUUUUAAAAGUAAUAAGGUGUUUUAUGA